AUGGAUAUGGGUACUCAAAUUGAUGUUUACCAUUCCGACAUGACCAAAGAAGAACUGGAACGUCUCGAGAAUGCUUCGGAGGGAGAAAAGGCAGAGUUGAGAUUGGAGAUAUCGUCCCUUAAAAGAAGCUUAUAUCAAACUAAAAAGGAAAUCCGAGAUAAGGUAUCCUAUACUGAUAUUAUAGAGAAGCAAUUACAAGAAUCAGAAGAGCGGGUUCAAAAUUUAAGGCAUAGAUUCAAAGUUAUUUCUUCUCGAAGAAGCUCUCCAAACUUAUAUAAUUCAGAAGAGGAAGAUAUAGAUAUGGCACAUAUAGACCCCUUUAUAAAUAUCACUAGAGGAUUAAAUCGACUUGAAAACCAUUUCACGGGGGGUACACCAUUAAAUAAUCCUGCCAAUAUCAUCCAAGGUAUGUAUGGCACUUUAAAUACUAUUCGGGCUAAUUAUCAAAGAAUAGACCAGGAUUUAGAUGAUGUUACGAAUCAACGAGAUGCUCGAGAUGCUCAAAUAGUACAAUUACAGCAAGAUGUCAAUUAUUUUAGACAGCAAAAUAUUGCUUUACAAAAUCAUGUUAACCAACUUACACUAGAGCGUAACAAUUCUCAGAAUGAUCUUGCUUUGAUGACUACAGCUUAUUAUAAUGAACGGGAAGAACGUCGACAUUGGUGGAGGGUAGCUAAACAAUUGGAAAAAGGAAUGCAGAUGCGGAUUAAUACUUUAUUACUUGAUAAGCUUGCACUUAAUUUUAAACUCCGGAGGUGUCAAAGACAUGGUAGAGAAUUACAACAGGAGCUACAACAAUACCGGGCUGAUAAAGGAUUAUUAGAAUAUAAUCGUGAUCGGCUUUUUGAUAGAUAUUACAAUAAAGGUAUGGCUGGAUAUGAACUACCAAAAUUUCGUGGUCGGGCUGGAGAAGACCCAGAAGUUUUUCUUACUGAAUUUCAACGAUGGUGUGAGACUGCUAAUUAUGACCCAGGUGUAGGUCAUCGAAUGCGAAUGAGAAUUCAUGGUAUUUUUGAAACUUGCUUAUUGGACGACGCAAAAGACUGGUAUGAAACCAAUGUCAAAGGCAAAAACUGGGAAUUAGUAAAUAUUAGCGAUAAUUGUGGUCACGCAAAUCUUAAUGCUCUUAAUGGAUUGACUAAUAAUCAAAUACGUGCUAUUAAUGCUAAUCAGUUUAGAGGCGGAUCUCUUCAAAUCCGAAAUACUGCACCAGCUAAUGGAAAUCAACCUGCUAUACCACUAGUUCCGCCCCACACUGUAUGGCAUGAAGACUGGCUAACAUCAGGUGGGCGACCAACGGACUUGGCUCCAAAUGCCUCCAAUGCCAAUGUAGGGGGUAAUGUUAUAGCUCCAGGUAAUACAAUUGGUCAAGUAAUUGAUUAUUUUAGACAUGCAUAUCCCACAGUUACAGCUGAAAAAUCACAAUUGGUAUUUACUACACUUGCUCAAGGCUCUGAUCCUGUAGGCCGUUUCUAUGCAAACUUAAAAAAAAUGGUUAAACUGGCUUACCCAACACUCCCAGCAUUAAAUCAGGAAACAAUGAUUAGACAACAAUUCUUUCAAGGACUUUCUCCUGAUAACAAAAUAGAAGUAAGACGCAUUGGUCUCGAACAUCCAAUUUCCGCUUUACUACCAAAAUUAGAAGAAAUUGAAAGACAGAAAGCUGAAAUGAUGUUGGGUCAGUAUAAUCCUGAAUCUCACCCCAUUAUUUCUCGAUCACAAUCUAAAGCUAAUACAAAAGAUUCUUAUAUAACGGGUAACACAGGUAUGACCAAAGAAAUUGAAAAUCUGGUGAAAAGUAUCAUGGCAUCUUCACAAUCUCAACCUGUUUCUUCCCAGACAGUUCCUCAAUUGCAAGAUAGACAGUUGAUACGGCCCAGUCAAAUGGAGCCAGGUAAAAUUUAUAGAGAUCCAAAUCUACGCCUGAAUGACCAAGAAUGGCUUCGAAUGAAUGAAGCAACAGAUCGUCUUAGUGCUUUAGCGGAUCAAUCUACUUUACAAUCAUUAAUAGAUACAAUUACUAAAGGAGUAGUUGAUAAAUUUUCUUCUUUCUUGCCUAAGAAAAAUGAAAGGAAUAUGUCAAAAAAUGCCGAAGUCGACUCAGAUGAAGAUCUGGCUGAUCGUAUGAGUAAGUUGUCAAUAAAUAAAGCUAUAGCAAAAGGUAUUGAAGCAGGUAUUAAUUCAGUUAAUAAAUCAUCCAAACACCAUUGUUCGAAUUGUAAUAGAACUGGACAUAAUUCUUGCAAGUGUACUCGUAAGAAAAGGUCCAAGAGUAGAUCCAAAAAGAGAGGUAGUGUUAAUAAGGUUGCUGUAGAUUCAGGUUCAGAUACAAACUUUUCCGAUAAUGAUUCUUCAGAUAAUAACUCCGAUUCUGGGGAUUCCUCAUCUGAAGUUGAAUCUGAUCAUAGUUUUGAUGAAUCCAAACCUCGCAAGACAAAACAAAAAAAUACUCCUGCUUCUGGUAAGUCUGGAAAUAAAUCAACUGUUAUUGAUAAAUCACUUCAAAGAGUUAUACUAGAUAUGCUUGAUGGUAUCGCACCUAUAGAUUGGAUUGAGAAACUUAAAGCUAAGAUUGAGAACCCAUCUGAUAUACUCCCAUCUAUCAAAAAAUCGAAUUUUACAGAUUAUCGAGAACCAGUUCCAGCAAUACCCGAUUCAGAGGAAGAAGAAACAUUAGAUGAUCCUAUGGAGAUAGACUUCGUUAUAAAGAAAGAACCUACUACAACUAUCGCAACUAUACCAUGUAAGAUUAAGCGUCUGAAAAUUCCAGCAAUGACAUUAGAUUCGGCCGCCCAACCCGCGAUUGUAACAGACGACAUUGUUAAACGUGUGGGCGGGAAGAUUGAUAAAUCAGAGAUAUAUGAUCUCAGUGGUAUUGCUACAGUUCCAACUGAAUCCAUUGGUGUCAUCCGUAAUUUACCAAUAACAUUCCCUCCAGGUUUUACUAUAUAUGAAGAUUUUGUAGUUGUGAAAUAUAAAAAGCCAACAUUAAUAUUUUCGAAUCCACUUCUCAAGAAAUACAAAUGUGCUAUAGAUUGGGCCAAAGAUGAGUUAAAAAUUCCUUUUAAUGGAAAGGAUCAUAUUAUUCCUGUAACUAUGCACAAUGUCAAAAAUAAUCUUGAAGUAAAUUGCGCUACCGCAUCUCAGAAUGAUAAGUCUUUGGUAUCCAAUCAAAUUUCUCAAGAGACGGAUAGUGAUAAGGAUGACAAUAUAACAUUGGAGGAAUGGCAUGCUCCUGCGCGUUUUAGCUCAGAUUCUGAUGAUCCGUCAUUAAAAAAAACACGUGAUUAA